AUGGCGCCGGCGCGCGCAGGCAGCAUCGUGACGACGGCGAGCGCGGCGUCGGUGAUGGGGGGGCUCGCGUCGCCGACGUACACGUGCUCGAAGCACGCGGUGGUGGGGCUGAUGCGGUGUGCCGCGGCGGAGUUGGGGCCAUUUCGGGUGCGUGCGAACUGCGUGUCACCGCACGCAGUGGCGACGCCGAUGGCGAAGACGGUGUUGGGCUUCACCGACGAUGAGGAGCUGGAAAGGCUGGUGGAGGCGACGGCCAACCUCAAGGGCACGAUGCUGAAGGCGCAGCAGGACCUGGCCGAGGCGGUGCUUUACUUGGGCAGCGAUGAGUCUAAGGUACGUCAGCGGGCACAACCUUCUGGUCGACGGAGGGUUCACCGUGAUCAAGAGGUGGUAGCCAUCCAGCGAUGCAGACAGCUUCUGCAAUUGCUUGCAAUAAGUGAUGAGGGAAAUGGAACUGUUAACGCAGGAAUCAACAUUCUGCCAGUAGUCUUUGCUUGGUGUGAAACUUACAGCAGACGUUGGUUUUGA